CUGAGGCACGGAGCAGGUCACCAGGGCUGAGGGGGGACAACAGGGUGGCCAGGGGAGGAACUGCUGGUGGGGGACGUGCUGGGGGGGUUGUGGGGUGUUGCCUGCCCACACCUGUCUGUCACAGCACCCGUUGUCCCCCCCCACACCAGGGCCACCAGCUCGCCAUGGCCGACCCGAGCCACAUCCAGUCGGCCGCCUCCAAGAGCAUCCGUCCCUUCCGCUCCAGCGAGGAGUACCUGGAGGCCAUGAAGGAGGACCUGGCCGAGUGGUUCAACACCCUCUAUGACCUGGACAUCCAGGUGGACACCUUCCUGGAGAGCCUGGAGACGGGCUGUCACCUCUGCCGCCACGCCAACAACGUCAACCGCAUCGCCCUGGACUUCCAGCAGCGACACCCUGAGGUGGCCGCCCAUAUGCGUCCCCAGAACGAGGUCAUCUUCCAAGCCAAGAAUGUGGUGCCCGGUUCCUUCAUUGCCCGGGAUAACGUCUCCAACUUCAUCCAGUGGUGCCGGCAGGACCUCGGCAUCCAGGAUGUCCUCAUGUUCGAGACCAAUGACUUGGUGCUGAAGAAGAACGAGAAGAACUUUGUCCUCUGCUUGUUGGAGGUGGCCAGGAGGGGUUCCAAGUUUGGUAUGCUGGCCCCCAUGCUGAUCCAGAUGGAGGAGGAGAUCGAGGAGGAGAUGAGGGACCAAAUGGGCUAUGGCGUGCUGGGCAUGCGCCAGGAGAGCCGGGACCUCCAGGUGGCCACCUACCCCGGCAGGGCCCGGCCCAUCACCCUCUGUGACCUGAAGAACCUGGAUGAGCUGGUAAGGGAGAUCCUGAGCUGCUGCUCCUGCCCCUCGCAGUUCCCCAUGGUCAAGGUCUCCGAGGGUAAAUACAAAGUGGGCGACUCCAGCACCCUCAUCUUCGUCCGAGUGCUGAGGAGCCACGUGAUGGUGCGCGUCGGUGGCGGCUGGGACACACUGGAACAUUACCUGGACAAGCACGACCCAUGCCGCUGCUCCUCCCUCGCUCACCGCCUGCCCCAGCCCCGCGCCCUGGGCUUCUCCCCGCAAAAAGCAGCUCCCGGCAGCUUCUCCCCAGCACCCUGCGCCCCCAGCCCCAGCACCCCCCGCCGCUCCCGCGCAGCCGGCCCCACCUCCGGCGGGGGCGACAGCAGCCACGCCAGGACAGAGAGGGGCGGCCACCAACCCAAGGGUGUCGGAGACACGGGCAUCCCGAAGCCACCGUCAGGUGCCAAGCAGGAUGGGCUGCCCCCACGGGGGGGCCUGGCCUCUCUGCCCGGCUCUGCCAGCCCUUCCAGGAGCCCCGCUGAGCCGCGGGCAGCCAGCACGCUCAGGCCUCGUCCCCCGCCCCGCGCCCGCCGCUGCUCAGGCGACAGCGACUCCUCCGCCUCGUCCGCCCAGAGUGCCCCCCCCCGCCGCCGGGACCCCCCCCGGGGGGCUCAGCCCUCCCCUCCCUCCCGUCCCCCUCCCCAGGAACGGGGUCGUUCUCGGGUCCCCAACGGGCCGGGCCGGCCCCCGCCGCGGGCUCGUAGCCACGGUCGCCCCUCGGGCCCCCAACCCUUGCUCCUCAUCAGCCGCCGGCCCGACGGCCAACACUCCUGGGCAAGGGCUGAGCCCCCCCCCCGCGGCCGGACCCCCACCCGCCGCUCCUCCCUACAAGAGGGGGUCCCCGGCGAGCCCCCCGAUGGCGACGAGCUGGCCUGGGGGCUACGAGCCCCGCUGCGGCUGGAGCCCGGCCAGGAGCAACAGCUCUUCCGACGGCUGGAAGAGGAAUUCUUGGCCAACACGCGGUUGAUGGCCCAGCUGGAAGACGGGGAGACCCCCCCAACGGGACCUCCGCCGCCUCCGCCGCCCCCCCCCGGCCCCGCCGACUCGGCUUAUUGCUCCUCCAGCUCUUCCUCGUCCUCCCUCAACGUCUUCGCCAAGCAGGAUGGCCGGCGGAGCGGGAAUAACGGGAGCGGGAAUGGCCCCCCCCCGCCGGCCACCCCCGAAAUGGUGGACGCGGGGCGCCGGCCGGCUCUUUCCAGCUCCUCCGACGAAAGCUGCUGCUUCCCGGCUUCCUGGGAAACCCGGGAGACGGGGGGGGGGCCCGAGUCCGACACCGACUGGGCGCUGGGGGAGGACGAGCUGGGGGAGCUGACGGAGCCCCCCCCCGCCGUUGGGGUCCCCAAAGCGGUGCCUUCCCUCCCCGCGCCCUCCCCGCGCCCCCGGGCCAAGCCCCGGCUGGACACCCAGCCCCACAAGAAGCCCUCCAGGAUCCCCACCCCACGGGGCUAUGGGGCGGCCCCCCGGCCCCCCAAGCCUGGGGAGCACAAGCCCUGGGGGGCUCUGCAGAGCGUCUUCUCCUCCUUCCUGGAGCCCGCCUGGGUGCCGCGGGAGCGCAAGGGGCUGGAGGAGGACGCCUGGCCGUGAGACGCCCAGCUCGGUGGCCAUGGGUGGCAGCAGGAUGGGGAGAAGCCCCCCCGCCCCUCCCUGACCCUCAGCACCCCACCCCCGGGGACAUCAUGGAGCUGCUGCUGGUGAUGGCACCUGCACGGAGAGGGCCCGGCCAGGGGAUGGCUACGGAGCCGGGGAGCUGGGACUCCUUCGCUUGGUGACUGUUGGCCGUCGGGGUUGGGCCCUGCAAGGAGCCCCCAGCCAGGUGCAAAGGGACCCGGACGCGUUCCAUGGGGAGCAGCUCCAUGGGGGUGACCAUGGUGUGGCCACAGUGGUGGCCGGAGCAGAGCGCUGUGUCCCAGCCCCCUGGGAACAGGGCUGGAGAGCAACCGGCUCGUCUCUUCUCUUUGCCUCAUCUCUUCUUGUCUUCUCUCCUCCUUCUCCUCUUUUUGUCAUCCUCUUCUUGGCCUUCUCCUCUUCAUGUCAUUUUCUCCUCUUCUUGGCCUUCUCCUCCUCUUUGGCCUUCUCCCCAAUCUGUUCUUGGCCUUCUCCAAGAUGCUCUCCUCAUCUUCUCUUUGUGUCCUCCUUCUCGCUCCUUGGGCUUCUUCUCUUGUUGUCUUCCCCUCUUGUCUCUUGAUCCUUUUUCUCUUUCUCGCUUCUCUUCUGCUCAUCUUCUCUUGAUCUUCUCUUCAUCUUCUCCUCUCUUAUCACCAUCUUCUCUUCUCAUCCUCUUCUCAUCUCAUCAUCUUCUCUCCCCAUCUGAGAUGACUUGGGGACAUGCAGCUUGUUGUCACCACCUGUAUUUUUGGGGGGGGUUGCUUGUUCCUCUCCAGCACCCAUCAGCCCCAGCUGCGUCUGUAGCGUGUUGAUGUCCCUAAGGUGGGACGGGGCUGUGCGUGGAGCCCCCUGCCCAGGCUACCGCGGCCCCCACCCCUCCAGCCCCAUGCAUCCCCCCAAGCCAGUAAAGACCA